AACAAGUUUUGUUGAAAGAAAUGGAAAUUGUUAAACAAGGCAUGAAUCAUGGUGAAUUGUCAUUAGAUUCGUUCACUCAAGUGUGGGGCGAGUGCUUGGGUCAAGUAUUAUUUCUGCCUAAUCAAAAUCGUUAUACAAGAGCCAAUUUAGCUAGUAAAAAAGAUAGAAUUGAAUCGCUAGAAAAAAAACUGGAACAGAAUAGAGGUCAUAUGACUAAAGAAGCUAAAAAAGCUGGAAAAAUGGAAAAGAAAAUUAAAAUUAUUCUUGGGGGAUAUCAAACCCGUUCUCAAGGUCUUAUCAAACAAUUCAUAACUAGUGUGGAUGAGAUUGAACAAGGACAUUUAGAAUUAUCAACUUUCCAGUUUUUGCAACGACAGGAAGAAUCUGCUAUACCAAAGCGACUACAGUCUUUAACUGAUGAUGUAGACCGUCAAAAAGAACGAGAGAAAAUUCUACAACAAAAAUUCUUGGAUCUUGAAACACGAUGGAAAGAAUUACAAAUUGGAAAUGAUUGACCAUCAAACUUUUGUUAAUAUAUAAGCUUAUAUGUGUAUUAUUAUUUUUCAAUUUAUAUUAAGUCUCUAUUAUAUUUUCUGAAAAUAGAUUUUAAAUUGUAAAGUCAUGUGAGUAAAAAAAAUUAAUAUAACUCUUGUCACGGUUAUGUGUUCAUUUCUCAAACAACUUGUAUUUUAUUAUAAUUUGAGAUUAAUCUUAUUAAAACAACAAAAUCUAGAGAUUUUCUACUCUACAUUGUUUUAUGAGGUCUACCAUAAAAUAUUAUGAUUCCAAUCAUUUUAUGUAUUGGCGUUAGCCGAAAUGUCCUACAUUUUUAUGA